AUGUGGAACCAACUGCAGGACGGAGAAAACCCAGACCCUGCUAGCAGCAGAGGCUUCGCAAGUGGGUUCAAAAAGUACAAAAGCUUCAUCUACAUUUUGCUGGUGAUCCUGGUCGUCUUUGGUAUCUUCAUUUCGUACUACGAGCUGAACGAGAAGCAGGUCGAUUUCGAACUGGACUGCAACGACCUGAACGAAAAAUGCCUUAUGUACAAAUACCCCGAAUUUAAGCCCCACCGACUUCGCAUCGUCGACGUGCACCCCGAGAACAACAACGUCCUCCUGAGGAGCAGCGCCCCCCUAUUCAACGGCGUAUUCUCGGAGGAGCUGCUGCGCAAGCACAUCAAGACGGUGAUGGAGGAUGCAAAGCUCAAGUACAGCGAUGACAUGCCCCUCCACAUCAUUUCCUUUUUGAGGAAUGACUCGAAGGAGGGAUGCUGCUACACCUCGCAAAGGUGCUACGCAAGAGACGCCAACAUCGUCAACCAGGUUCUUUUGGGUCACCAGGAGGAUCCCUACGAGGUGGAUUCGAAGACCCUGGAGAACGAGCUGAAGAGCCUCAACUGGGACACCGACCAACUCCUAAGCAGAAUCAACGAACUGAACGAAAAAUUCCAAACCAUGAAGAACACCAUCUUCAUAGUCCACUGCAGAAGGGGAAGAGAUCGAACGGGAGAGUACGUCGCUGCGUAUAAGAUGAUUGUGAAGAAGCAGGACUUCGACGCGGUGGUGAAAUCUAAUGAGGAGAUAGGCAAGGUGAAGGCGCCCUGCUUGAAUAUGCAGAAAUGGCUCUGCCUCUAUUUGGAGAAGGUCAUGGGCUACACGGACAGCGGCUGCUACGACUUUAGGUGAGCUUAACAGGUGGGGGAAGUUAGCAGAGGAGCUGAUUUGAAGAAGCGAACAGAAGAGGUUAUCCAGCGAAGCGACGGAUCCGUAAAACCUAUUAUGCCGCGGUGGAGAGAGGCAGUCAGCUCAGCUCGCCCACAUCAGCUCUCCCACCUCGCAGCUGCCUGGUCAAUGGCGGGCAUCUCUGUAGACGCAACUCCCGUGUGAAGAUUUACAGCUUGGCAUUCCCCACGUCCUAUUUUUUGGUGCGAUGCGUUCGGCUGGAAUGUGUUUAGCGGCCGUGCGUUUCCCACUCCCCCGUCAGAAUGAGCAUCUCCCGUCAGAAUGAACAUCUCCCAUUAGAAGUGAUCGAUCGAUCGACCCCCCACUCCGUCGCGCCCCUAUCCUCC